AUGCAGUCUUUGAACUUGAGCGACGAGUCAGCUGUAAAAACACAAGAAGAAAACAUUCUAGUCAAUGAAGAGAUGCUUUCGUAUUUCACCCUGAUCAACACAUGGGGAAUAGGACAGUGUGUGACCAUUUUAGGGCUCAUAGUUAACGGAUUAAACAUCGUUGUCUUCGUUAAACAAGGCACUCGAGACUCAGUCAACAUUAGCCUUCUUGGGCUGAGCAUUUCUGACUUCGGUUCGUUGUUUUUCCACUUCUUCGCAAAUCUCUGUUGGACGCCAUCUGUAAUGAAAAUGGAUCUGCCCUUCUACCCGCAUCACUUAAUGUACUACCUCGUGUGGGAGCAUAUCAUGUUUACAAGAGUGACUACGGGAACAACCGCCUGGAUCACCUUAGAACGCUGCUUGUGCAUUGUUGCUCCCCUGAAGAUCAAAUCUAUCGUCACGCCCCGACGAACUGUCACUUUUAUUGUUGUGCUCUACGUCAUCAUGAUGGCAUCGGUGACACCCAUGUUUUAUACGACAAGGGUCGCUUGGAUGUUUGAUCCUCGUAGAAACAAAUCUCUUCUUGGCGUUUACAAAACUGCUAACACAGGAGAUAUAGAAAAGGCAACUUUCUGGAGUAACAAUAUUCUACCAACAAUUUUCUUUAUAUUUAUAACCGUCUGCACAAUUGUUCUGGUAAAGGCUCUGAAGAAAAAUGCAAAAUGGAGAGGAAAAACAUCUUCACAGAAACAAGGAGGUAUGUCAAACAGGGACAGCAAAGUAGUCAAAAUGGUCACGAUUAUCUCCAUUGUCUUUAUCUCCUGCUACGCCCCUGGAACUGUAGUGUAUAUAUUUCUUUUGGUGUAUCCUCAGUUGUCGUAUCGAGGCAAACAACGGAAUUUGCUGGUGGCUAUUAUGUCUAUUUUAAUCCACCUUGAAGCAAUCAACGCUACUGCCAACUUUUUCAUUUACUUAGCAAUGAGUUCAAAGUUUAAGAGUACUUUUCGAAACAUGUUCUGUGCUGGGUAUAGUGACAUGAAAGAGGACAUCGAAAACACGAAUCCCUAA